UUCCUGCGGAUGGACGGUCCGUCAACAGCUGGUGGCCCCUGGGUGACGCGUAGGCCCGGGAGCGUCGAGCAUGGACGGCCACAGCCUGGAGGAGUUCCGCCGGCGCUGGCAGGAGGAGUUGGCGCAGGCACAGGCGCAGAGGCGACGGCGGCGGCUCGAGGCCGGGGAUCGGCGGGCGCGGAGGCCCGAGGCGGGGGCUCGCGGUGAGCAGGCCUCGGGGUACCUGGCGCUGGCGCAGGGUCUGCUGGAGGGCGCGGGCCGACCCCCGGCGCCCAGGCCCGGCCGGGCCGACAGGAGGGAUGCGACCAGCCGCUCUCGCUCACCCCCUGACCGCGACGCCGCGGAGCCAGACGAGCCGCUGGUGGACCAACUCAUCCGCGACUUGAAUGAGAUGGAAGAGGUACCCUUCUUCGACGUGCAGCUGCCUUAUGAACUGGCCAUCAAUAUAUUUCAGUAUCUGAACAGAAGAGAACUGGGUCGGUGUGCUCAGGUGAGCAAGACAUGGAAGGUGAUUUCUGAAGACGAGGUGCUGUGGUACCGGCUGUGUCAGCAGGAGGGGCACCUUUCCAAGAACCAUAUCUCUGAUUACUCCUGCUGGAAGCUCAUCUUGCAGGAGUGCCUUGCCAAGGAGCAUAUGUUAAGAACCAACUGGAAGAAUCGCAAAGGCGCCGUGAGCGAGCUGGAACACGUUCCCGAUGCCGUUUUGUGUGAUGUGCGCUCUCAUGAUGGUGUCGUCAUCGCAGGAUACACGUCAGGGGACGUGAGGGUGUGGGACACCCGCACCUGGGACUAUGUGGCCCCUUUCCUGGAAUCUGAGUCUGAGGAGGAGGAGCCUGGAAUGCAGCCAUAUGUCUCCUUUGUGAGGAUUAACAGCUCGCUGGCCGUGGCGGCUUAUGAGGAUGGGGUUCUUAACAUCUGGGACCUGAGGACCGGGAAGUUCCCUAUCCAUCGUUUUGAGCAUGAUGCAAGAAUACAGGCCCUUGCGCUCAGCCGGGAAAAGGCAACGGUUGCCACAGCUUCUGCUUUUGAUGUUGUGAUGUUGUACCCUAACGAGGAGGGGUACUGGCGUGUAGCUGCGGAAUUUGAAGUUCAGAAACUGGUUGACUACCUAGAAAUAGUCCCGAAUACUGGGAGGUACCCUGUGGCAAUAGCCACAGCUGGGGACCUGGUGUACCUGCUGAAGGCCGAGGACUCAGCCAGAACCCUCCAUUAUGUCUACGGCCAGCCUGCCACAUGUCUGGAUGUCUCAGCCACCCAGGUUGCCUUUGGAGUGAAGAGUCUGGGCUGGGUGUAUGAAGGAAACAAGAUCCUGGUGUAUAGCUUGGAAGCAGAGCGCUGCCUCUCGAAGCUCGGCAAUGCACUUGGUGACUUUACCUGUGUCAACCUCCGGGACAGCCCUCCCAACCUCAUGGUCAGCGGUAACAUGGACAGGAGAGUCCGGCUCCAUGACCUCCGCAGCGACAAAAUUGCCCUGUCACUGUCUGCCCAUCAGCUGGGGGUGUCCGCAGUCCAGAUGGAUGACUGGAAGAUUGUCAGUGGGGGAGAGGAGGGGCUGGUGUCUGUGUGGGAUUACCGCAUGGACCAGAAGCUAUGGGAGGUGCACUCCAGGCACCCUGUGCGGCACGUCUCCUUCAACAGCCACAGCCUCAUCACUGCCAACGUGCCCUACGAGAAGGUGGUGCGGAACUCCGACCUGGACAACUUUGCCUGUCACAGGAGACAUCGUGGCCUGAUCCGUGCCUAUGAGUUUGCAGUGGACCAACUGGCCUUUCAGAGCUCUCUUCCUGUCUGCCGCUUACCCUGUGACACCAUGGCUGGGUAUAGCUAUGACCUAGCACUGUCUUUCCCCUGUGAUUAGGGCGUUACCUCAUGGAGAUGUGGGAAGGGCCAGUCUUACAAGUGUUAGACCUGCAGGGAUCCUCUGCAGCACAAAGUGGAAGCCUGGGGACAGUGCCCCCUCCCAGGUGGCCUGUGGCCACCAGCCUUGCUGCCUCUGGAGCCGCCUUACAGAGUCUGCUCCCACCUAGGGCUUUGGGGGUACCCGCUGAUGACUCUGAGUUAACCUUUCCCAAAGCGCUCCUCCACAGCAGCCAGCGCCAGGAGAGACACCCCUCCCUCCAUCCAUAUACUACUCUCCUGUGUAUGUUGCUGAGGGUGGAGCCAGAGCUUCACACAGGCAGGCAAGCACUCAAGAGUGGCCUCCUGACCCCACCCCGGCCCCUUACCUGUGUGAGGACUGCUCCAUUUCACUUGCUGCUCUACGUUACCAAGGAAACAGCCCUCCUUCACUGGGGAGGAGAGGGCCACUCCAUAGGGGUGGGCGGAGCCUGGCUGGUGUCACCUCUUCCCUCAGCACCCCAAAAGCAGCAGCAGUCAGUGCUCUCGACAGACACUCACUCUGCCUGCAGAAUGGCACAGGCACAUCCACACACAGUGGCCAGGAGACCCAGUCAGUGAAAACAUUUGGGCACAGACACGAGGAGCUCUUCAGAAUUCCUGUGGACCAGGCACCUAACCCUGUACAGAGAUCCACACAUCAGGCAGAGUCCCUAUCCCAGCCAAUACCAGCUCAGAAAAGGUGCUAGAGGGGUUGAGAGGGCUUGCAUCUCUAGAGGGAGGGAAGUGGACCCGCCUCUAAGCCAGAGUAAUACUGAGAGCAGCAGCUCCCCCCCCUCCAACCCCCCCUGCAGCAGAGCGCUCACUGUACUCUGGCCUUGUUUCCCAGGGCUGGGCAUGGAACCUGGGGCCUCGUGUGGGCUAGGUAAGUCUGCCACUGAGACACUACCUGGCUUUGUGGCAUGAGGGUUUCUCAGUUUAAGACAGCCAGAGGCCUCAGACAUCCAGGGUCUAGCAGGACAGGCACACAGAGCCAGCUGCAACUGAGCAAGGCCUCCUUGCAGGCCCCUCCCUCCCGGGGAGGACUUUGAGCCACACUGCAGAGUGCCAGCAGGCAGCAGCUCCCUCGUGCUGGGCUGAUGGCCCCUGCUGGCUUGGUCUUUAGGUCUUCUCAAACUUUCCCGGGCGGCAGCUGGGCCACAGGGAAACUUAACUUCUCAGUCAGCACCAUUGAAGAGCUUAGGGAGCAGGUGCAGAGGUGACUGGAGUGAAGAGAGCGGCAUGGCCGACAGCUAGGGUAGCUUCAAGCAUCCCUGCCCCUGCCCCUGCCCCAUUAGGAAAAGCACUUGGGGACACAGUUCCUCACACAGCAGCUCUGGGUGUUCUGUCAGCUUAUCCUCCUGGGAGGACCCCCACCUCUCCCCGCCAGCAGCAGACCUACCCAGAGAUCUGUCCCCACAGACUUCCGGGGUUGCUGCCGCUGCACCCACUAACAAGGUAGGGGACAAGUGGUCUCCCUUAGCUGCCUUGAAAGCCAGGAGGCAUCAGGAUACACCCCUGGGAACCCGCAGCUUGCCGUUUGCCUUACGCGGCCAUGUCUGCUCUGUUAUUAAAGGUUCUGAACUCA